CUUAUGAAGUGACGUCAAGUGAGUUCGUCAGAGGAGAACCUGUAACAGGAAAAAACCCGAGAGAAAUCCACAGAAGAAACCUCACGCUUUUCCACGCAGCGGCUCCUCAAGCAUCGCAGCCGGAGUUUGUGCGUUUUCCCGGAGCGCUCUCAUGCACGCGGACGGGCUCGUGUACGCGGAGCUCGCGCUUUUGUUGAGUUAACGUAGUUUUUGUUUAUAUUAUCUGCGCGCACCGACAUCAGAAGUUUCCAGUCCUCUACAGGAAUGUCCCAGAAGGCGAGACCCACUUUUUAUCGACAGGAGCUCAAUAAGACCAUAUGGGAGGUUCCGGAGCGGUACCAGAAUUUAUCACCCGUGGGUUCUGGAGCUUAUGGAUCCGUAUGCUCCGCGUUUGAUGGUAAGGCAGGCCUGCGGGUCGCAGUGAAGAAACUCUCCCGGCCGUUCCAGUCCAUCAUCCACGCCAAACGCACGUACAGAGAACUGCGGCUGCUCAAACACAUGAAGCACGAGAAUGUAAUUGGUCUUCUAGAUGUUUUCUCGCCUGCCACCAGUCUAGAAGAAUUCAAUGACGUGUAUCUGGUGACUCACCUGAUGGGAGCAGACCUCAAUAACAUCGUCAAGUGCCAGAAGCUGACAGAUGAUCACGUCCAGUUCCUCAUUUAUCAGAUCCUGCGGGCGUUGAAGUACAUUCAUUCAGCAGACAUCAUCCACAGAGAUCUUAAACCCAGUAACCUGGCAGUAAAUGAAGACUGUGAACUGAAGAUUUUGGACUUUGGGUUGGCACGGCUGACCGAUGAUGAGAUGACGGGUUACGUUGCCACAAGAUGGUACCGAGCUCCAGAAAUCAUGCUCAACUGGAUGCACUACAACAUGACAGUGGACAUCUGGUCGGUGGGCUGCAUCAUGGCUGAGCUCCUCACAGGACGGACCCUGUUUCCCGGCACAGAUCAUAUAAACCAGCUUCAGCAGAUAAUGCGAUUGACGGGAACCCCUCCGGCUUCUCUAAUAAGCAGGAUGCCGAGCCACGAGGCAAGGAACUACAUUAGUUCUCUUCCCCAUAUGCCCAAGAGGAACUUCGCAGACGUAUUCAUUGGCGCAAAUCCAUUAGCGGUGGACCUGCUGGAGAAGAUGCUGGUUCUGGACACAGAUAAGCGGAUCACUGCGUCACAGGCUCUCGCUCAUCCGUAUUUCGCUCAGUAUCACGAUCCAGACGACGAACCAGAGGCUGAUCCGUACGACCAGAGCUUCGAGAGCCGAGACCUGGAGAUCGAGGAGUGGAAAAGUCUGACGUAUGAGGAGGUGAUGAGCUUCGAACCACCCGUAUUUGAUGGAGACGAGAUGGAGUCCUGAAAGCUGCUGGAUCUCCAGAAUAUUCAUCCACGCAGAAGGGGACAUUCAAGUGCCUGCCAUCAUCCAGUGUUCAGAGAAAAUGCUCAUCACCUUCACACACACUCAAAGAUAAGGGAUAAAUACAUCACAGAGGACUCAGAAUGUCCAGUUUCCUCCACUAAAAUCAACCGAGAACACUUGAGAUUAGAUUGGGGUUGUCAUGAUAUUGGAAAUCGGUAUUGAUCGAUACUGAAAUUUUAAAAACAUCCAUUUCCUGCUAACAUUUGAGCACUGUUGUGUUAGCAUGCUCAACAGAUCAGCUGGUUUGUCUAUAAGCUGACAUACAAGCGAUCCGCUGAUGAAUCACGGCUUUUUCAAAUGCUCCACUGUCCCUGUAUCUGUGGUUACACUCCGUAAACAGCGGUGAGUUCAGUGAUGACCUUCACAGCCAAUCACAGUCUUUUCUGUUGAGCAUGUGAACACUAUGGCAAAUCAGCGGUGCUCAACAGCGCUCAAAAAUUUUAGUAUAGAUUGGUAUCGGAAUAUCGUGACAUCCCUAGAAUAGAGACAAAAGCACACACGCAAUCAGUCGCAAUCUAAAGAUUUUGAGCUUGGCAUUUCAUCAAAUAUUUCUUCCCUGGGGAAGUAAAAGCUUUACCUCUGAGCUCCGCUUGUAGCCGGCACAAAACCUAAAGGCCAGAUAAACUCCUGUGCUGUCCGAAUCCUGCGUUUCAGAGAUGUAAAUACAACAGCUGUACAUAAAAUGAUGAGAAUGUGCACCGACGGGUUUGUUUGUGUGUUCGCAGGCAUCCUCCGCAUUGUAAUAAGCAGAAUGUAAAUGUCGAAUGUACAUUUGAACGCAUAUAUACACACACACUCACACACAGGUGUCCUUUUUCUCGGACAAAAAAACGCAUCAUUUAUGCUGAUUAUGCUAUCGAUGCUUGAUUUGAAAUUGUUUUGGGAUGAUAUUUAGGGGAAAUAUGUGGGCGAUUGAGAGAAGAUCUUAAUGUUACGGGCACAGAACCGCUUCAGAACAUGUCCAGGUCAUGAUUCGACUAAUAAAUUAAUUAGUUAAAUUAAGAUAAGAAAUCCACAACUAUUAUAUUUCAUUUUUAUUUCUACAGUAAUGAUUUCAUUACAGAAAUGCGAACGUUUUCAUUGUGAUGUCAUGAAUAUGGUGAUUUUAGGACUUUUUUACCAUAAUUUUUGCACUUCUUUAGACUUAUAUUGAUUUAAAAUGGCAAAUGCUUUUAUCAUAUUGAAUUAUAAGACUUAUUAUUCAUUUAAAUAUUAAUAUUAAACAAAAAUAGAUCAGCAGCAAUUGAACAAUUGAUGGUUUUGUUUGAGUGUAAAACACAAGUUUUGGUUAGUUCUGCAAACUUUUGAUGACAUUUAUUCUAUAUUUAAUAUUAAAAUGAGCAUAAAAUGACAAUUGGUCAAAUAUAAAAGUUUCCAGAAAUGCUUAUUAAUAUUUAUUUGACAAUACCAAUAGUUUAACUUGAGAACAGUUAAGAAAAGCCACACUUGGCAGACCAAACACAGAUUUUUCAGUCACAACAAAGGAAAAUAUUGUUUAUUCUGAGCAGUUGACCCCCCCAAAAUGCUGUAAAUUACUAUAUUUUCAUUUGAAAUUUGGAAAGAAUUGGUAUCUGACCUUAAUAGAAUAAAAAAUUAACAUUACUCAAUCAAAAACAGUAAAUCCCGAGUAAAUCCAUGUAUAUUUUUAUUUUUUACCAUCAUUUUUGCACUUCCUAAAACUUAUAUUGAUUUAAAUUGACAAAAUCUUUUAAUAUAAUGAAUUUUAAUGCUCAAUAUUUAUUUAAAAUUAGACAAAAAUAGAUCAACAGCAACUUAACAAUUUACAAUUUAUAGCUUUGUUUGAGUGUGGAACACAAGUUUUGGUUAGUUCUGCAAACUUAUGAUGACUUUUAUUCUAUAUUUAAUAUUAAAAUGAGCAUAAAAUGACAAUUGGUCAAAUAUAAAAGUUUCCAGAAAUGCUUAUUAAUAUUUAUAUGACACAAUACCAAUAGUUUAACUUGAGAACAGUUAAGAAAAGCCACAUUUGGCAGACCAAACACAGAUUUUUCAGUCACAACAAAGGAAAAUAUUGCUUGUUCUGACCCAUUAACCCAAAAAAAAAUGCUGUAAAUUAUAAUAUUUUUAUUUGAAAUUUGGAAGGAAUUGUGAUCUGACCUUUAUAGAAUCAAAAAAAUUACUUUACUCAAUCAAAAACAGUAAAUCCCAACUAUAUGUUUAUUUUUUGAUGAGGUUAAUUGUGAUUUGGACAUGUUUUGGCUGUUUUUAAUCGGCCUGAUUAUUCCUGAGUUCUUCAAAAGCUGGUCCUAGAGCGUAGUUUCCCGUUCUUUCACUCUCAUUUAUUUAUUAUCCAUCCAUGCUUUAAAUGGAGGAUUGGGGUUUUAACAGUAAGACAGUUGCAUUAUGGUUCACGAUGAAACAGUUUACCUUCAUUUCAAUGCCCUGAAAGUUAAGCUGAGCCAAAACUCUGAACAGCCCAGACUAGACGACUCUUCUAGAGCCGGCAUCUAACUUAUUGUAUCAUUUUUAAAGUGUUUUCUUUUUUCACUGUAUAUUAUAUCUCUUAAUUUUAUUCAGCAAUAUUUUCUGUGUUGAGCAUGUCUUGUUAAAUAUGAGGGGGUGGGGGUGUUUUUUGUUUUGUUUUUAUGCACAGUGGAAAAUCACGUGUCAAUCAGAAUCCAUUAAACCUGGUUUAUAUAUUUGGUUUUGUCGCAUGAGAUCCGUUUUUUUUUUUUCAUGAAUAAGAGAGAUCAUUGUAGAACUGGUUUUACUUCAGUCACUCUUAAGUUAUGUGGUCUGUGAACUUUGAACAACCACUGCUAUACUGAAAUAAAGGCAAUUAUUUUUCACAACA